AUGGUAGAACUACUGGUUUUGAAGAUCAUGGCAGCAACAAGCUGGUUAUGUACUGAACAAGAAGAUGAAAAUGACCAGCUGCUACUGCAAGAAAUCAAGGGAGAGAAUGGGAUCGACAAAGAAGAAAUGGGAAUGUUUCAGUCUCAUGAAGAUGAUGGAGUAAGCAAACUAGAAUUCCAGAUGGAGGAGAAGCAAGAAGAGACAGAAGAAUCAAAAGGAGAUUUCGAAGCCAUGGAAGCUUAUAAGAAAUGGGUUAGAAGGAAUAAAGAUUAUGUGCACUCAUUGGAUUCUCUUGCCAAUGGAUUGACAUGGCUUCUUCCCGAACGGUUUUCCGAUUCAGAGAUAGGACCAGAAGCAGGUUUUGUGAAACUUUGGCACAUAAUAACUGCAAUCUUGGGCAUUAUCACUGCUAUCAACGAGCAUGUCAUAGAUACAACUCAAGCCCAGAUGCAUGCUGGUCCUGUGGAGCGUAAUUCUUUCCCAUAUUCGUUAUGCAUAUCUGCUAUAAAAGAUUUGGAAACAUUGGUCGAAGUUGCAGCUCAACAUUAUUAUGGUAAUGAUAAGAAAUGGAAUUUCAUUGCUGUUACAGAAGCUACCAAGGUGCUUGUUAGGCUGGCUUUGUUCCGGAAUAGUGGAUAUAAGAUGCUUCUGCAUGGAGGAGAGACAUCAAAUAUUGAAAAGCAUUCAGAUUUCUCAAGCUUGCAGCAUAAUGACAGGGUUUUCCCAAAGCGUGGACCCCACAAUGGCUCUAAUGGACAGAGCCCAUGGAAUCUGGAAGGAAGGGCAUUGUCUGCCCUGAGCAGGUUUGGAGAAAAUGCCAGGAUGGGUUCUGACCCAGUAUGGUUGCGCAGGGUUCAACAUCAGCAGGCUAUCAUGGAGCCUCCACCUCCAGUGAUUGAAAGGCCAACACUUUCUGCGAUUUUAUCAGAGAAAGGUGUUCGGGGGCAUUAUUUCUCAUGGGAGAGAAAGUAUGGAAUUCGGUCAUGGAUUCCUUGGUUUCUUUCUCUUGCUGUAGACACGAUUGGAGUAGGCUUUUUAACACACGUUACUCAAUCAAGGGAUGGUGGAAAAGAGCAACAUUUUCAUCUUACUGCUGCUGAAAAGGAUGAGUUGAAAAGAAGAAAAUUGUUAUGGGCACUUUACCUUAUGAGAGAUCCAUUCUUUAGCAAGUACACCUGGCAAAGACUUGAUAGCACUGAAAAACUACUGGAACCUGUCCCCAUCGUUGGGCUUCUAACAGCGAAAAUUGUUGAGCUUGUUGUUGGUGCUCAGACACGUUACACAUACAUGUCUGGAUCGUAA